AUUACGUUGGUGAAUGUUGCUACGCUGAAGCAGGAAAGCUAGCCUUUUAGCUAAAUGCUAAACACUGGGCUGUCUACAUUUCCCGCAUGCACGAAUGUUUAUUUACGUUUUGCUUUUUCGUGUAUUAUACGUCUACAAUGCAACGCAAUUCGCAUCCUCGUUCUUACCAAGUUGGCCCAAAGAGGAAGAUCAUUUGUAGUAAUUUUGAUAGCUCUAGUCCCGAAGGAAUGCCCUGCGUUCUAAAAAUGAAUGUAAAGAAGAAAUAAUGACUGCAUUCACCUGCUGUUUGAAACCUUGAAUGCCUGUUUAGUGACACCAAUGGGGACUUAAAGGCGGGAGUUCUUCAUUGGAACAGUACUGGAAGUUCUUAGCGACCAUGAGGAUCACUUUAUGCCAAGGUGUGUUGACCGGGGCCAUAGUCCUCAACCUCCUCAUCCUCUACUAUGUUUCCCGAGCCCAGCAGCAAAUGAUGGAGAGGAGGAAAGAGCACGGUAGGGCCUCCAAGAGGACUGCCCUACCUGUCUCCGCUCUAGGGGGAGGCAUGGCAGGACCCGUCAGGCCUGGCAGUGAGCCCGUAGCAGUUGUGGCUGGGUCAAGUAAUCGUAGUCCGCGCGUGACUGUGCUCCUUCGGGAGUUUGAAAACUUUGAGAACUACGUCGGGGAUGUCGCCAAUUCCUUCCUCAGACAAAGACCUGAGCUUCCUUUCCUGGUCGUGGCCGACACACCUCCAUACCCACCUCUGGUGCUUCCUGACGGCUCUCGCCUCCUGGUGCUCAAUCCAAGCCCAGACCAGCCGCCGCAAGCACACAGGCCAGAGUUUCACGUCCAAACAGAGUUUGUUCUUCUCGUUCCGGACGGCGUGGAGCUGGAGCCGCCCCGAGCUAUGGAGAGAUUGAUUAAAGAGCUGGAAGGUGAGGGCGGCGGUCCAGUGAGGCUUGUGGCUUCACCCGUACUGGUUCGAUCUGCCGUGCAGUGUCUCCACUUGCGGGUGAACCUCCGCGAGUGGACUGCCACUUAUUCUACGGCCAUGUCCGGGAGUAGCGGCAGCGUGUGCACGGCAUUGCAAGGCGAUGCCGUGGUGCUCAUCCGUGCAGAGGAUCUAUUCAAUCUCUCUGUACCGCUGGGCCGCCCCCUUUUUUCCUCACUCUUCAUCCAGACCACACUAAGGGGCUGGAAGGUGAAACUCCUGGAGAGUCCGUGUUUCUCUGCCAAUCACCGGCCCCUCUUCAGCUCUGCUCACAACCAGUGGAAGGCUGACACCCGACUGAAGGAGUCCACGGGGAAGCUGAUGAGGAGCUUCGGUCUGAAGCGUCUUCUGCUACCCGAUGGAAAAGAACAGUGGCACGGCUGCAGCAAGGAGACACCUCGCUGCUUCGGCACAGUGCAGGACGAUACGCCGGACUACCUCUAUCUGGAUCGCUGGACACCACCGUGUUGUCUGCGCGCACUCAGAGAAACUGCCAAAUACGUCAUCAACAUCCUAGAGAGUUCCGGGGUGCGCUACUGGCUGGAAGGUGGGACUUUGCUAGGCGCCGUCCGUCACCAGGACAUCAUCCCAUGGGAUUACGACAUAGACCUGGGAAUCUACCUGGAGGAUGUACCAAACUGCGAUCACUUGAAGAACCUAGACUCGGGCUCGCUUGUGGACGCUAACGGAUAUGUGUGGGAACGUGCGGUGGAAGGCGACUUCUACAGGGUGCAGUACAGCGAGGCCAACCACCUGCAUGUGGAUCUAUGGCCCUUCUACUCCCGCAACGGGGUCAUGACCAAAGACACGUGGACAGAGCACAAGCAGGACGUGGAGUUUCCCGAACACUUCCUCCAGCCGCUCGUGCCCAUGCUCUUCGCAGGCAUCAAUGCCUACGGUCCGAAUAACCACCGCUCAUUCUUGGAACUCAAAUUCGGUGAAGGGGUUGUGGAGAACCCCCAAUAUCCAAACCCUGCUAAGAAAAGAUUGGACCGUGCCAAAUUAUGAGAACAUAUGUUUGUAUGCUAAGAUCAGAGGUGGGUAGUAACGCGUUACAUUUAUUUACUCAGUUAUAUUUAGUUGAGUAAUUUUUUGAGAAGGAGUACUUUUGCCACGCAAUACUUUUUACUUGAGUAAAUUUGUGAAGAAGAAACACUACUCUUACUCCGAUACUUUGGGCUACACGAGUCGUUAAUUUUUUCCUCUUAAUUCUAAAUAAUGGCUUUAUUUCUGCCAAAGACGCCGACAGUGGCUGUCUCACUUUCACCAAUGAGACAUUGCAACAAUAACCACAUGACUCCAUUAUACCAAUCAGAGGUAACAAUGUUUUCCUCUACUAGAGGGCGCUCAUGCUCUAUGGGCGAGUGAUGUUUCAAGUGUUGUUCUGGUCCGAAUUUGAGGAUUUUUGUGUCAUCAUUUUGGCCUUAUAUAGUCAUGUAAUAUUUAGGGGUGUGACAAAAUAUCGAAAUGGUGAUAUAUCGUGAUACUUUGUAUCACAAAAGGUUAUCGAUAUGAUCCUGCCAAGAAUGGAGAUAUCGUUUUAAAAAGGUGUCAACGUCUAAAAAAUAAAAAGGAACCAACAAGUUGCUACAUAAAUCUUCCACCAUAAUAGUAUCUCAGUUAACUCUAAGGCUGCAUUGACGGUGCACUACGCCGAAUCCAUUUAGACUGGGAACGUUCGUUCAUUUGAAACCAGAGCAUUCACAGUCAUUCUGUCCGAUUUUUAGGGCAUUUACUGUUGAGUUUGAGUCACUGCUUAUUCAUUUGGGUGAUUCCCAUGUCAGUUCCUGUUCUGUAACUCAAAAUAAACAGGAAGUGACCCGUAAAAUACCCCAAAAUCAAUAGGAAGUACCGUAACUGAAAAUCAACAGGUAAAUUACCUUAAAUACCCAAAAUUAACUCAUUGCCUGGCAUUGGUUGCCGCUUACGGCCAUAGACGUUCAAUCCAUUUGAAGUGGGAGGGUGGCAGCGAGUGAUAAACUCAUUCCAAUUCACAGCAGAAGCUUGUUUUUAUGUUUAUUAGUUUUUUGUAGAAUAUCCUAGAAUGAUUUCCUGACCAAUGUAUCGAUAAUCGUUGUAUCGCCAUAUCGUCAGAUGAUCGUUAUCGUGAGCUUUGUAUCGCAAAUCAUAUCGUAUCGUGAGGUACCAAGAGGUUCCCACUCCUAGUAAUAGUACAGUAUAAUAAUAACAGUUCAUAUAGAUGAAGUGCUGAGGAAGAAAUAUACUUUUUUUUUUUUUUUUAAUCAGACAUUGUCAGCUGUUACUCACAAUGCUACUCAUUACUUGAGUAUUCUUUCAACGAAUACUUUUUUACUUGUCCUUGAGUGACAUUUUGGAUGACCAUUACUUUUACUUGAGCAAUGCUAUUUAGAAGUAACGCUACUCUUAGAUAAGUAUAAUUUUUGGCUACUCUACCCACCACUGGCCAAGGUAUAUAGCUCAAGGGUGUACUCGCACUAGGCUUUAGCACUCUGGAAAAGUCUCAUACCUUUGGAUAGCGUGGGCAUAUAAUCAAGUUUGGUACCAUUCAACUCGUAACACUACAUGAUCAUGAUCGCCGUCCAUAGUCAUUAGACAUUUCUUCAUUACUGCACCGCAUUCCAAAUGAUUUUUUUGUUUGUUUAUGCAAAUUACAUUUUGUUGGCAGGAAACAAUUGAUUUUUCUGGAAUCAAAUACCAAGAAUUAAUUGGCAUUUUCAGGGUCCCAGAAUGUGUUAAAAUGACCUCUUCCACUUUCUUCCAUGAUACAAAAACUUUUUUUUUUUUUUUUUAAUUAAUUUUACUUAUGUAUUUUUUGGUAGUAAAACCAUCGUCUUGACAAAUGACAAUUUUCCUCCCCUGACCUCAAAUGAGCCGGAGGCUUUUUUGGCAUCCGUCAAAGAAAUUCAAUCAAAUCAGUUGAGCUACCGUAUUGGCCCGAAUAUAAGACGGCCCUGAUUAUAUGACGACCCCUCUUUUUCAAGACUCAAAUUUGAAAAAAAGACUUUUUGAACACCAAAUUUUUAUACAGAAAAUAAUUACAGUACAUCUGAAACAUGAUUAUAACAAUAUAUUUGAGAGAGAAAAAGCAUGUUAUUUUAGCCUCAUUCAAAUCUUAAUAUCCGAACAUUUAAAUGUGUAAACUAAAGUGCAAUCACAUUCGUAAAUUAAUGGCUUCUGGUUUUUGAAAUGUAAAUAAACCAAUCUAUUGUGAUAAAACAACAAAAUUGCAAUGACUGCAUUAACCAUCAAAGUAAAGUCUAACUGUAACUGUAGUCUUGAAACAAAUAUGAAUAAGGAAAAACAUUGCAAUAAAAUAAUGCAAACUGGUUAAAUUUGAGAGUAGCUGAGAUCUGUCAUGACAGAACAUCGCAAUGAUAUCUGGCGCCAUCUAGCGUCAUGAAUGGGUAAAACGUCUAGACCGCGAAUAUAAGACAACCCCCCACCUUUUCAGUCUUAUUUCAAUGCAAAAAACACUGUUUUAUAUUCGGGCCAAUGCGGUAAAUGUUUUAAUCUAUUACCAACUAUAAAAUAUUUUGGGAGUGGUCAGUGUAACAGUUUGAAACUGCAUUUAUCACUGAAAAUAUUUUAUAGUUUAAAAGUUGAUUACUUGAAAAUCAUCCUGUCAUUUGCAUUAAUUACAAUUUUUGUUUUUUAAUAAUGCAUAUUUAUUUGGAAGGCGGCAUAAUACUGACACUGGACUGAUUUUUUUUUUUUUUUUUUUUUUGCUGUAACAUUAUUUUACAAUAUGGUUUACAAUACUGUGUGUUUAUUAAGGUGUACGUGUUGUACAACUGUUUACUAUUUUGGGUGCAUUCCUGCUGAUUUGUUCUGCCAACACAGCAUGUAAACUACUGUAUGGUUUUGCCCCUAUGUCUUUGUUGUGGCUUUUAUCUCACCGUUGCCUUGUUUUGCACUGAUUUUGUUCAGCAUAGUUUUUUGCACACUUGAAUGUCAUUGUAAUGUAGCGUUUCCAUUAGGUGACCUGAAUCGUACUUGCUGUUUUAUGGAGAAAAUAAACAUUAUACUUGCUGACGCCUUUUAGUCACGAGAUCUCAAAUCUUCUGCACUGUGUAAUUGUAGUCACACUUGCUCUUGAACACGAGGUGG